CUCCGGCUCUGCCCCUACUUGGGGCUGGCCCUUCCUACUCCUUCCUUCUCCUUCCUCCUGCUUCCUCGGGCCGCAGCCAAGCCGGGGCCGGAUCGGGUGGUGAGUGGAGCCUACGAGGGCCCGGGAGGUGUCCAGGUCGCCACUGCCCGCCGGGGGCCGGGAGGAAUCGUCCACGGAGGGCCAGCUCUGCCUUAGGGCCCCGCGACCCCCUGCAGGGGCAGCCCUGGCAGCGAGCGCCCAGCAUCCCGACCUGGCCCCAACCAGGUCAGCGCCUUCGCCUCCCCAGGGUAAAGAAGGGCUCUGGAUGGUCUCUCCACAGACUGAGCCUGCUGAUUGGAUCUGAGUGGGAUGGGCACAGUGCAGCCUGAUGGAAGAGAAGACCAAGAAAGUGGAGGAGAUGGCCCUGAAGCUGGCUCGGGCUGUGGCUGGUGGGGAUGAGAAGAUGGCAGUGAACUGUGCCACCUGGCUGGCCAAGCAUCGGGCUCUACUGACACUGCAGCUUAGAUCAGAGGUCUAUCCCAAACAGGAGAUCAAGUUAUGGGUGGGUGUGGAGGAUGCUCAGAUGCACACUCUUCACAUCUGGCUCAUGGUGCAGCCCAACAUGACAGUGGCUUCUCUGAAAGACAUGGUCUUUCUGGACUAUGGCUUUCACCCAAGCCUACAGAGAUGGGUAAUUGGCCAGCGGUUGCCCCGUGACCAGGACACACUGCAUUCAUAUGGGGUGAGGCAAGAUGGCGACAAGGCUUACCUCUACCUCCUGUCUGCCCACCACACCCAGCUUAGCCAGCAGGAGCUACAGAGGCAGCGGCAGCUUCGAGUUCUAGAAGACUUGGGUUUCAGAGACCUUGCUCUACAGUCUCGGGGUCCACAAGAGCCCAGAGCCAUGGAAUCUCAAGAAAAAGUCCCCUCUGAGGAUACUGGAACUACUGCUCCCUCUACUGUGGAAGCAGCCCCUGAUCCCUCUGUGGCUGGCUGGGAAUGUCCAGGGUGCACUUUUGUCAACAAGCCCACGAGGCCAGGCUGUGAGAUGUGCUGUGAGGCUAGACCUGAAGGUUACCAGGUGCCCAGCUCCUACCAGCCCGACGAAGAGGAGCAGGCCCGCUUGCAGAAUGAGGAAGAUGCCCUGCGGCAGUACCACCUGAGGAAGCAGAAGCAGCAGGAGGGGAACUACCUUCAGCUCCUGCAGCUGGACCAGCGGAGCCUCGUGCUGAGCAUGGAGGCAGUGGAAUGUCCCAUCUGCUACUUGUCCCUGGGGCCUGGCGAGGGAGUUGUCCUUCGAGAGUGCCUUCACUCCUUCUGCAAGGAAUGCCUUGAGGGCACAAUCCGGAAUAGCCAGGAGGCUGAGGUGGCGUGCCCCUACAUUGAUGACACUUACUCCUGCCCAGGGAAGCUGCAGGAGCGCGAGAUCCGAGCGCUCCUGAGCCCGGAGGACUAUCAGCGUUUCCUGGACCUGGGCAUCUCCAUUGCCGAGAACAGAAGUGCCUUCAGCUAUCACUGUAAGACCAAUGACUGCCGAGGCUGGUGCUUCUUUGAGGAUGAUGUCAACGAAUUCACUUGUCCUGUGUGCGGCCACAUCAACUGUCUGCUCUGCAAGGCCAUUCAUGAGAAUAUGAACUGCAAGGAGUACCAGGAUGACCUCGCUCUGAGGGCACAGAAUGAUGUAGCUGCCCGGCAAACCACAGAGAUGCUCAAGCUGAUGCUGCAGCAGGGCGAGGCCAUGCACUGCCCUCAGUGCCAGAUUGUGGUGCAGAAGAAGGAUGGCUGUGACUGGAUCCGUUGCACAGUCUGCCACACAGAGAUCUGCUGGGUUACCAAAGGGCCACGCUGGGGCCCUGGAGGCGUUGGGGAUACCAGUGGGGGCUGCCGCUGCCGGCUGAAUGGAAUCCCCUGCCACCCCAGCUGUCAGAACUGCCACUGAGGAGCCCCUGAGGAGGCACAGAGCAGAUCCUGGCCAUGACAGCACAGCCACCCAGGCCAUCAGGGCAAAAGCAGCCCUCGGGGAACUGACCUUCCCAGCAGACAUCCCCAGCCCUCACGUCCCAUCUGCCCAGCACCACAGGCCCCUAGAAGGGCUUACCAUCCUGGCAUAGAUCAGGGAUGAUGCGGAUGUGAUUCCUGGGGAGGCUUGGCAUGGGAAACUAUUGCUUUCCUGUGCUACCAAAAGGCCAUCACUGGGGAGGAGCCACAAGGGUCCCCAGUGACUCUUCAAGGUGUGAGUUCAUUGCAGUGCCUUUGUUUCUUUGGCAACUUUUGGCCAGCCUUCAGCAGAACAGACCUCCA